AUGACGACUAAAAAGAGCCAGAAGAUUGAAAUCAACUCAUCAUCAAUCGUCGACUUGAAAGCGGAACUUUUUCGAAAGCAGGAAGAAGUCCGACUAAAGCGAAACCUAAACGGCUCUGAAAAACUCGCCACAAAUGAGGAAAAAUUUCUCGACGAAAUAAACGAUGAUCAUCUUUAUGAUAAAAAUGCUCAUAAAAUAUCUCGUCUUACCAAAAAGAUACUCGGCGAUGAUGAAAGUAAGCCUGCUAAAAAUGACAAAAGUGCAAAGUCGUUGUCAAAACUUGAUGAAGCAGUUAAGCUUGAAGAAGAAAUGGCUUUUGCUAAAUCCCGAACAAUGCUGGAGAAAAAAGCCAAACUUUAUGAGCAAAUGGCAUUAGGGUCAGUUAUUCCUGAUGCCGAUAACGAAGAGCUGCUUGUUAACUUUGAUCAAAAGUCCUCACUACAUUACAAUAAGAAAGCAUCAACAUCCCGCCACUCUGAAAAGACUAAAAAUGAUGAAGAGCUAGUCGAAUAUCAGGAUGAGUUUGGCCGAACAAGGUACGUGAAAAGAAAAGAUCUGCCCGAAAAAAUUGAGAAAAAAGGCGAGAAAGAACCAGAUUUGUAUCAACCUAGCUCGAGCUGGUCACGGAACAGCGAUUUGCUAAGUGAUGACAUGAAGAGAGAAAUUGAGCGAAGAGAAUGGGAAGAGGAAACUUAUCAGGAGAUGGAAGAACCCAGCUUGGCCAAACGCAAAGUUCACUACGAGGACAUUCGGGAGGGAGAAAUUCGUGAUCAUGGUGUGGCUUUCUUCAAUUUUUCCGUUGACGAGCAAGCUCGGGCCGAGCAGCUGGAGAUGCUGAAGCAAAUGAGAGAAGAAACGGAAAACAAACAAAGUGAAAAGCAGCGGAUUAAGGAGAAACGAAAGCAAAUGCUGAAAGCACGGCUAGCGAAAGUGGCCGCACGGAAAGGUAUCGCCUUGCCUGAUGAAUCUUCAGAGGAGAGUGAUAACGAGCCAGCGGAGAAAGCCACCUACAUUGAAAAGGCCAAGCUGAAGGUGGACAGUGAUCCGGUGAAAAAAUAA